AGCGCGGCUCUGUUCCUUCCUGCAGUGUCCUGUCGGAGGACCGUCAGUGUUAACACUCCCGGGAUUCACUCUGCCAUUUUGAAGAGAAUCAACCGUCCGCCGACAUCAGCGUUCAUCAAACUUAGGUGAUGACCUCAACGGGUGAACUACGUUUGUGAGUUUAUAAGAAUUUCUCUGCCCAGCAAAAUAAAGCCAGAGCUUUUGCUUUGAAGGGCCAUCCGCGAUGUGUUCCACCAAUCACUCAAACUGGGUUACAUUUGAAGAUGACAACGCAGUACUUUCCUCACCACAGAAAACCAGACAGUCACCAGGGUGUAUGAAAGUGGCACUACCACGCCCCAAUGGUCUCAAAUUAGUGCAUCCUCCUAUCAGAGACACUUCCUGGAGUUUCAACAGCUCACUGGAAUCUCCUCAAAGCCAAUCAAGUGUCAGUGGAGGUUCAUGUGUUUCGAGUCACACGCCACUUCUCACCCCCAUGAGUGGCCUUUCAAGAGUAACGUCUCCAUUUCGCUCGAACUCCAGGGAGGAAAACAACUUCUUCCAGAGCUUCACCAGCUCAUCUCCCACUUCUCUUCCAUCUCCUGCACCAGAACCCCUGAGACUAAGUUCAAAUGGACAGAACCCCUUCCCCACUUUCCAGGGGAACUCUGGACACUUGAACCCUUUCUGGGACAGCUCUGGACACAGUGUUGAUGCAGGCAGUUCCUCCUCAGACUCUGAACCCGACCACAGUCUACCACGUUUCUUUAUACGGACCAAAGAUGGCACCGAGCCUCCACCUGAUCACCUCCAGAACACCUUGUUCAUUUGCAACAAAACUGAAGGCCGUCGAGCAGAAUCGGACAACGGCGGAAAGACAGAAAGACACGAGAGGCGACUCAGUUCAAAAGGUGAAGUUAUAAGCGAGGGACCCUCUCAGUUUGGCCCGCGGGGGUUGUUUCGUAGCCACAGAAGAGAUGGUUGGCCUGUAAUGCUCAGGAUUCCCGAAAAAAAGAAUCGCAUGUCCUCAAGACAAUGGGGACCGAUCUACCUCCGCUUGUUGCCCGGAGGUGUGCUGCAAAUGUACUAUGAGAAAGGGCUUGAGAAGCCAUUCAAAGAGUUCCGGCUACAGCCUCAGUGUCGGCUCUCGGACCUCAAGGUAGAAAAUUAUAGUGAACCCCGCAAAGUCCUCACAGUGAAAGUUGAACAUUUCACAUAUACUGAAAAGAAACGCUACCACCCCAAGCUGGAGGUGAAUCAUGAAGCAGAAGUCGAACAACUGCUCAAGUUUGGCUCCACUGUACACAAAGACAUGGAAGACCUGGUGGUCUCCAUGGAAGAGGAAAUCUUUAAGCUGCCUAUGCUCCACCAGCCCAGGCGUAAUUACGAGGAGCAGGAGCUGUCGCUGCAGAUCACCGACCACAUUUGGAUACAACAAGAUACAUUUGGAGGAGUCAUGGAGCGGACUGCCUUCACUCAGAUUCAUUGUCUCGCUUUCCUGAAUGGAGUUGGCGAUUGCUUUCUUGCCCUAAACGACUUAGGCCUGUCUCAUUCAAAUGCGAGCUAUGGAUCUGAAGAUGACAAUGAGCACUGGAUGGAGAUCACAGACUGUUCCUUCCACAAGUGUGUAAAUGAAACAGAGUUUCAGAUGUCUAGACUGAUAACGUUCUGCCCCCCUGAUGCUUGUAGGGUGGAGCUGAUGCGGUACAAGACGAUGUUUUUGGGUUGCACAGAAAUGCCUUUCUCGAUAAAAUCUGUGGUCACAGUUCAAGGGGCUUAUGUUGAGCUACAGGCCUUUCUUAAUAUGUCGGGAACAUUCCUCUCCACAAUGGGGGUAUCGGACACGAAUCCACUGUGUGAGAAUGUAGAAGUGCGAGUGCCGGUGCCAGGUAACUGGAUCAAAGUGACACAAACAGCGGCCUUGCUACGCCAGAGGUCAUUGAAGGCCCGGAUGAACAGAAAUGCCUGUUUGGGCUCCUUCAGCACUGCACAGUCUCAGCCUGUUAUGCAGGUGUCAGUUGGCAGCGUCAAGUAUGAGAAUGUCUAUUCUGCUGUUGUGUGGAAGAUUGACAGGCUCCCAGCAAAGAACACAGCAAUCGACCACCCUCAGUCAUUCUCCUGCAAACUCGAGCUGGGAUCUGAUCAGGAAAUCCCAAGCGACUGGUAUCCUUUUAUCACAAUGGAAUGUGAGAUUAUGGGCGCCGUCGUGUCACAGACUACAGUCAAGUCACUGGGCACGGUCAAUGACAUUCAGCCACUGAAACAUGUGACCAGCUGGACACGCUAUCAUUGUCAGGUGGAAGUGGAGAAGAAAUGGAUUGAAACAGAGUCGAAGAAGGAAUCCAGUUGUAUGACACAGUGAUGUUCACAGAAUCUCAAAAAAAAAAAAAAACUGACAUGGGUGACAAGGGACUUUCUGCAUACUUUUGUCAUAGUCGUCUAAAUUUCGCAUUGCUUGGUAUUACCAGUAUUGCCCAUGAAGGUUCAGUCCUUUAUGACUGUAUGCAUAAUUAUCCUAACACGUGCACUUUAUAUGUAAUGGUUAAAAGUAAAAUAACAAAUGUAUGAGAACGAAAUGUAGGUGUGCGCAUGUGUCAUCUGCACUGCCCUUCAGAUUCAUUUGCAGCCUAAAUAAAUGAGCAGGCUUAGAUUAUUAUUAAUGAGCAGUGUUCGCUGUUUGGGAUAAGUAGAUUUCCAUCGGUUUGCAAUUACGCCUCGUGCCACACACUUGAAUUCAUUCUGGUUCAUGUUAAUAAUGGUAUAUAAGAUAUGGCCCCUCCUGGAAGCAUCUCAUGUAUUCCACGUUGUUCAGCUGACAAGUAAGCAAAUUAACUUGCACUAAAAUAUGGUAAAUGCUUGACAUCGCACCAAAGAAUCAAAAUGUAUGUCAAUUUAAACCCCUUGUGGAAGAGUGACAUAACCACAACAACACAACCACCUACUUUUUGUAAUUUGGACUACUGUAGUUCGAUUGAACUCAAAUGCAUUUUAGUGGCAGUGAUGAAUUAAAUGUUGGACAUUUCUUUAGAUUGGUCUUAAAAUCUGUCAAAUGAUUACACAGUGAAAGUGUGUUGACACAAGCAAUUGGCAAAUAGUGUUUUCAAUUAUGCACCAUAUGUCUGCGUUCAACUGCUGCUGUUGCGAAAACCCAAGACUUCCACUCAUGGGUUUAAAUUGUGCAUAGCUAUUUAACUUACUGUCAAGAGUUAUGUAUUUUUUUUGUUUUGCUUCUUUUUUAUCCAAUAAUUACAGAUUUUUGUCUGCAUUAAAACCAUCUCAUCCCUUGCGCUGCUUACCUUCUGUUUGCCUUUAAGUCUUUAUCAAAUUUCAAUUCUGGAGGAAUGUGUUUUCAUCGAAUCAAAUCAUUUGCUUAUUAUUUGACUAGUCAGCCUGGUCACAGUGAACUCAAAGGCCUUCAAUGAAGACUGAUAACCAAUAUGUGGUACCAAAAUCCUAUCCUACCAAAGUAAAAUGAGAAAUUAACCUUCACGACGA